AUGGUGACCGGAGUUUCGGCAUGCAUCGGCUACGUCCUUUGGUUAGUGUGGUUUGAUCAGUCCCCGUGCAAUAGGAGACUGGACGCGGAGCGUGGGGAGCUGUCGGAGCAUUUCGCUGAGUCGGCGCGCAGGCUAGCUGGGCCCGUUGGCCUAGUCGAGGACUUGCGGGAAGCAGUGAGGUCACUGGAGGAGGCGCUGCAGUCCUGGCAAAGCCACACGCAGCACCUCGAGGACGACUUGCGCAGUCGAAUUGAUGACAUCUCGCAGUCAGUGGCGUGCCGGACCCACUAUUGCAAGAUGGCCGUUUAA